UGCAGGGGCUCUGGCCACCUGUCUGCCACACUCCCCUCCCUAUAUUAUCUGCUCUCUCCAGAGUUUCGAGAAGGAAAGAAAUCAUGCUGUUUUGGCAUACCCAGCCGGAGCACUACAACCAGCAUAACUCCGGCAGCUACCUGCGUGAUGUCCUUGCACUGCCAAUCUUUAAGCAGGAGGAACCUCAGCUAUCCCCUGAGAAUGAAGCCAAACUGCCCCCAUUUCAGUAUGUGCUUUGUGCAGCCACAUCACCAGCUGUGAAACUUCAUGAAGAAACUCUGACCUACCUCAACCAAGGUCAGUCUUAUGAAAUCCGACUUCUAGAGAAUCGGAAGCUGGGAGAUUUUCAGGAUCUCAAUACAAAAUAUGUGAAGAGUAUCAUUCGUGUGGUUUUCCAUGAUCGGCGGCUCCAGUACACAGAGCAUCAGCAGCUGGAAGGUUGGAGAUGGAGUCGACCUGGGGAUCGAAUCCUGGAUAUUGAUAUUCCCCUCUCUGUUGGCAUCUUGGACCCCAGGGCCAGCCCAACGCAAUUAAAUGCAGUUGAAUUUCUGUGGGAUCCUUCAAAAAGAGCUUCAGCAUUCAUUCAGGUACAUUGCAUCAGCACAGAAUUCACACCCAGGAAGCAUGGGGGAGAAAAAGGAGUUCCUUUUCGAGUGCAGAUUGAUACCUUUAAACAGAAUGAGAAUGGGGAAUAUACAGAACAUCUGCAUUCAGCCAGUUGCCAGAUCAAAGUGUUCAAGCCAAAGGGAGCAGAUCGAAAACAGAAGACAGAUAGGGAGAAAAUGGAGAAGAGAACUGCACAGGAGAAGGAGAAGUACCAGCCGUCUUAUGAAACUACAAUCCUCACAGAGUGUUCUCCAUGGCCAGAUAUUCCUUACCAAGUAAACAAUGUCCCAUCACCGAGUUACAACAGUUCUCCAAACAGCUUCAGCCUGGGAGAUGGCAACAGUUCUCCAACUCACCAAGUGGAGCCUCUGCCUAUCAGCAAUGAUCACCUCCUUCCUUCCGCUUCUAUUCAAGAUGCCCAGCAGUGGCUUUACCGCAAUAGGUUUUCUCCAUUCUGUAGACUCUUCUCAAGUUUCUCUGGUGCUGACUUACUAAAAAUGUCCAAAGAAGAUUUUGUCCAGAUCUGUGGCCCUGCUGAUGGGAUUCGGCUCUUCAAUGCCAUCAAAGGCAGAAAUGUAAGGCCAAAGAUGACCAUCUAUGUGUGCCAGGAAUUGGAGCAGAACAGGUCUCAUCUUCAACAGAAGAGAGAUGGUGGUGACAGCAAUUUGUGUGUGUACCAUGCUAUCUUUUUGGAAGAACUGACCACUUUGGAGUUAAUUGAGAAGAUUGCAAACCUUUAUAGCAUUUCCCCUCAGCAUAUUAACAGAGUCUACAGACAGGGACCAACAGGAAUCCAUGUAGUGGUGAGCAAUGAGAUGGUGCAGAAUUUCCAAGAUGAAUCUUGUUUUGUUAUCAGCACAUUAAAAGCUGAAAGCAAUGAUGGCUACCACAUCAUCUUGAAAUGCGGACUCUGAAUGCCAGGAUCCUUAACCACAUCAGAUUCCAAGGCACCUUUUUUUUCUCCUUUUCCCCUUCAACGUAGACAUUACCCCAGCUGCAAAAUACAGACUUGUUUGGAAAAACAAAACAAAACAAAAAAACCGAAAGCUCAAAGGGGAUCACCACAAGUACAGAAAACAGUGAUGAUGACGACAGCUUGGCUGAGACAGAAGGACCCUGUCCAGAAAAUGUGCUCCUGUCCCCUCCCUCACUCCUCUGUCCUCAAGCCUUCCAAGAUCUUCAAUUUUCUCAUCCUUGCUUAUUGGCUUUGUCAUUCUAGAGUGAAAAAAAAAAAAAAAACAACAAAAAAAACAACAGCACUCAUUUUUUUUCCUUUCUGAAACUUGUCCUGGGGAAGAGGCUGGGUUUAAUUUUUUUUUUUUUUUUUUUUUUUGGAUUCCUUGACUUCCCUUUUUCCCUGACUUCUAUUUCAUAUCAGUACCUUCUCAUUGGCUAAGUGGAUCUGUGGAUAGAAUGACUCAAAUGAUGGAUAUUGGUGACUUGUCCUGCUGAGUCCUUCCUGAGAUUUCUAGAAAUACUUUUCCUUCCACUUGGAAAGAAGGAGGAAUAACUCCAUCUUUCUUUUCCUUUGGGAUUUAAUGAUGUAUUUGAUGUUUGUGUUGUUAUUCUGCCUCUGUUCCUCCUUCUUUUGCUAUCAAUGUUUCAAAAUAAUUUUAUACAUUUUUAAAGCAUGGUAUUACUCUCCCAGAACAUGCUUUGUUGCAGUCAUAUCUUUUUAAAAUACCCCACAUUGUGUGUAUUAUCUCUUACGCAGAUAAAUGCUCUUUCUGAAGACUUGAGAGCCCCAGGGGUGAGAUUGGAUCAUUUUUUUAAAGGAUUUCAUAGCUAAAGAAAUUGAAUGUUGACUUUCACAAAGGAUAAUUGAAAUGGGGCUCAGCCACUGUAGUUUGGUUUGCUUUUAUAUUUAUCUUUUCUUUUAAGCAUUUGUGAGAUUGGUGAUAGCUGGGAAAGAAAAAGCCCCUGAAUUUUUAGUUAACCCUGAAACAGUUUUGACAAUCAUGGUACUUGAGUUUUCAGGUUUACAUAUAAAAUUUAACUGGGGAUUGAUUGACCUUUGUGAAUAUUAUUGAUUCCACUAGCUUUGAUAAGAUUUUUUUUUUCCUACUUAUUACAUGUCAUAGGUUUGGUUUAUUUCAUCUGUAGCAGAAAAUUUAAAGCAGUCCUGAUUGAAGAUAUGGAAGAGAUUAGAUGAUACUUUAAUGUCCCUUAUAAUUCUUAGAACCUCAAUGAAGUAGUGUGAGGCUUAUGUUCACUUCAAAAAUUCUAGCUCUUAGAUCUGCAAUGGUUCACAAUUUGAAUGAGUUUGGCCAAGUGAAAUUGGAUUAGACUAUUGUUUGUGAAUGGUUCCUUAAUCCAGUAAAACCGAUUGUGUGGGAGCCUUAAACUAUCUGGUUGUAAAGGGGAUGAAAGCCCUUGGAAUGCUUUAAGUGAAACACAGGAUAUGUUGUGCUGGUGGCCUAAGAUGUUACUUGUUUUUUGUUCAUUUAGAGUUUUUUCUCUUUUCUCUCAUUUAAAUUAUUUUUCCACUCCAUGUACUUCAUGACUUAUAAAGUCGGCAGUACCUACUUCAUGACUUAUAAAGUCGGCAGUAUCUACUGAUUGUGCCCGAUGAAGCCUUUCUCCUUCCUUAGCCCAUCUGAAUAGCAUAUAUUGUCUUGUGGUGCUUUUAAAAUGUUUUAGUGAGUUUUUCAAAUUGUUAGUUGAUUUGAUCAUCACUAAGAUGAUGUGAAGUAGACCCAGGGCAACUUUAUUCCCAUUUGACAAUUAGAAAAUCUGAAACAGAUGAAUUGUUUAAGGUUAUGCACUUUGUGGCAAAACUGGAAUUAGAACUCCAAUCUUUUGAAUUCUGGCCGGUGGCUCUUUUGAGUGGACCAUCAGUCAUUCAGCAUUUAUUAACUACCUGUUAUGCUAGGGUUUAGUAAGGAUGCAAAUACAAAGAAUGAAAUAAGUUUCUACUCUUGAGGAGUUUAACAAGACACUUUCUUGAGGAGAAAUAAAGGGUUGUCAGCAUGGAAAUCCCACACUCACCUUUGCCUUUAAGUCGGUAGAACAACAAUAAUAAAAUUUAAUUAUAAAAGAAAAUAUAACUAUAAAAGAGGAUUCCAUUCUUCCCUUCAGAAUUUUUUUCAGGGCUCUCACUUUUAAUAGCAAAGUGACUUGACUCUUUGAGGAACUUUGGGGAGGUCAAGAGUAAGUGGGUGGGCUGGAUUGGAAACCCCCACCCUCACUGCAGAAAACUUGUUCCCUUUGGUGACCCCUUCCUUAUUCUGCCUCCAGGGUGCUGGUGGAGAGUUAUUUACUUGCUGUGAGCUUUCACCCAUUCUGCUCACAAAUCUCCCAAGUCAAGGGUUGCUUCAGGGAAGGGCCUGAAUGACUAAAUGUCAGAAAAUCAUUAACAAGUUAGGGUUGCCAAAAAAGUGGGAAAAAAAAGUUGGUUUUUUUUUUCCUCCUUCUAUUGACGUAGUCAGUAGUGCAGAGGAAAAUAGCCCCCAGGUUAUAGAAACAAAAGCAUACAGGGAAUGCAAAGUAAGAGACAGAUAGAUGAAUGUCUCAGCAAUAAUGUAUCAUCAUGUCUUCUUUCCCUGGUUAAAUAUAUAGAAUGUCUAUAUAUACACAUGUCUCUUUCUCUAUAUUUUGGGGCUAAAGCCCUAAGUAACCUUAACUUUAACCAUUAAGAUUUGGCUAAUAUGAAAGUUUUGGGGGGAAAGUUAUUUUUGCUGCCUGGUCAUUAAAUUAGCAUGGUCCUAAAAAAAAAAAAUCAGUUAAUUAAAAAACAGAAUAAAAUACCUCAUGAUAUAAAAAAAUUAACAAGCCCUCCUAUUUGCCUUUCACAAAACUUCUCAUUAUUUGGGCAUUAGAUGGGAUUUGGACGUUAGUAGCAUUGGAUAGUAUUGUGUUAAUAUAAAUGCAUACAUACCUAGUGAAGAGUGUUUAUAUUCCUCAGGCCUGAUUUUUUCCAAGAAGACUGGCCUCUGGGUUACUGUUAACUAGAUCAGCUAGUUCUUUGAAUUCCCGAAUACUAUUAUCAUAGAACAAGCUUUCAAAAGUGGAUAAAACAAUAAUAAAAUAAUGGAGUCAUAUUUGUGAGGAAAAUAAUUUUUUUGAGACUGCUCCAUUCACUAUUUUAGGAUGUUGUAUAUAUUUGAUAUAUGCAUUACAAAAAUGGAGUAUAAUGGCUGUGAAAAAUUCUUGCCAGUUUGUUCCCUAUCUUGUACCUCAAAGAGGUAUGGAAAUGGGUUAGCAUUCUGAAUUACCAUUCUGGAUUUAAAUUCUUAGCAUAGAGGAUCCAGUACUCAUUGUACUUGCUCACUUGAAGGGAUCACUUAGGAUCUGUGAUCUGUCAGUACUAAUUAUUUUUAUACCUCUGCCCAGUAGAGGAAAAAAAUCACUGAUUAAGAAUACUUUUUACUUUGGGGAAAAAAAAUUUAUUAGCAAGUCAUUUGAGCUCAAGCUUCUUGCUUUCUUGUCUGUGUUUCUGUACUACAAAUAUCCUAGCUCUAGGAAUGUCACUGCUUGAUAAGUGUUCUUAUUUGGUCCUUAUAAUAAUUUGAUGAGUUGGAACCCAUUUUAAUAUGGGAAAAUUUAUGUGAAAAUCAAAUUCUUAGAUUGAGUGAUUGGCCCAAAAUUACCCAACUGGAAAUUCCGUAAGUAGCAUUUGAACCAGAUAUAUCUUGUCUUGCUAUUUGUUUAGAGUGCUUUCUUGAGUGUCCUUGGUUAGCAAAUGGUAGAGGUCUAUACAUCUGUGUUUACUCAGGGCAGAAUAUUUUGUGAGAAAGCACCCACCCCCAACUCCCACAGGAAUUGUUGAGUUUCCAAAUUUUUUGACCUGGGCAAAUGACCAGAUCUACCUGUGACUGAUCUCUGAUAAAUGGACUAGAUUAGUUCAAAUGUUUUCUAGUGGCUUAAGGUGUGAAUUUAGAGAGUUUUAUUGUAGUCUUCAGGAUUUCUACAAGCCUUUGAAGAAGGGAUAUACUACCAGUAAAUCCCCAGAGGACAUUUAGGGGAUCAAUCAUAGGGCUGGGGCCCAGAGAACCAUUCUAUUUGUAGCUGCUAAUGCCUUCAUUUGAACUGAAGAUUGCUCAAGGCCACCUAAAUCUGAAUUUCUAGGUUAUUUUUUUGGGGGGAGGGGGGAAUAAGGGGAUUGCAUUUAGGACUUUGGGAAGUAGUUAUACUAUAAUUAAUCUUUUCUUUUGGGGGAACUUAAAUUUUUAACAAGAGUAAAACAGCAUAAAUCAACUGCUGUUCUUUCUCAAUAAUAUUUUACUUUGACAAGCAGUAGUGUAUAUAUACACACAUAUAGGAUAUGUACUUAUUAUAUAUGGAUAUACUCGCAUAUAUGUGGACAUACUUACAGGUGUUAUCUAUUGAUAUUUUGCUCAGAGUUCAGGGAAAGCCAUGUGUACGCCCUAGAUCUUUCCCUACCACAAAUUAAUUAGAGCAGAUUUUGCAAAAUGAGGGAGAAGCAGUAAUGGUGUAAUGGACAGAGAGCUGGCCUGGGAGAAAGACUUGGAUUCAAGACCUCUCCCCCCCUCCCCAUAUUAUGGCCCCAGAUAAGUCACUUAAAUUCUCAGCCCUAAGAAACUCUUCAGCUCUGUAAGUUACAGAGAUCUAUACCAAUGAUUUUCCUCACUAUAUUGCUAAAAUCUUGAGAAGUCCCGUCCCUAUAUUUGUCCCACAUGAAUAAACUUAGAACCACAGAAAGGUUGUGGUUUUUCCUAAGAUUCUUAGUACUGUCUGUCAGGUGGACCACCUAGAGCCUACUUUUGUUCUCAUCCUAUUAUAGAAAGUAAAAAUAUACCUCUGUAUAAUGUGAUUGGGUUAUAAAUAUUUUAAAGUCUUUGGUACUCUCUUCUCUUUGAUUUUUGUUUUGUUUUGGCUUCCUGGGAGGAAGAGGGAUUUGAUUAAAGGCUGUGGAAAUUUCUGAAUAUUAAGGCUUGGACUGGCAAUGUCCAAGUUCUACUUUUUUAUCUGCAAGAAUAGAGGAUCCCUAGAACAAAUUCUAGGAUGGGAUAAGGAACCUUUUUUCUGCCAAAAGCCAUAUGGAUAUUUGUAACAUCAUUGAUACAAAAUUAUCAACUUAAAAAUUAGCCUGCUAUAUUUUGUCAAAUAAUUAACUCAUCCCUAAUGUGAUGGCUGGAAUUGUGGUUGUCUUGGUAGGGCUAGACCAAAUGAUUAGCCUGUGGGCCAAAUGCCCCCUAUCUCCUCCAGGUUGUGCUACAAGUGAGAUUAUCUGAGAAACUGUAACUGUGUUAAUGGGAGAAGGGCUAAAAUCAAAAUUGCCUCUCUCCUAUGUAAUGUGCAUUUUAAAUGCCAUAUAAGGACAGGUCACCCUGCCUUUAUUCAACCUGGAGUGACAAGGGCAGAUUGUCACUAAGUCAACUGAAAGCUUAGGUUUCUAGCAUAGUUUAUGUUACUAAAUGAAUGAUCUGGUUAGUCUCAGUUUCAGUGUAGGGAAAAUGAGAUUGUAUGAAAUGACUUUGAAAGUUCCCUUCUACUCUUUUUAUUAUUCUGUGGUUCUAAAGGUCUACAUUUCAAUAUAAGUAGGAGGAGAGGAUGGUGCCAUGGCUUGGGGCAGGAAAAAUAAGAGGAUAUACCUUUUUUCAAUAAGUAUUUUAUUAAGCACCUAGCAGGUGCUAGAUACUGUGCUAAGUACUGGGGAUACAAAAACAGUUCCUGGUCACAAGGAGCUUACAGUUUAACUGUUUGAGGCUUCAGACAAAAACCUAGGCAAUUCCCUUUUCCCUCUAGGCCAGUCUCUGGUGGACAAUGGAAAGCCACAGUUGUUCCAAGGAAAAAGACCCCCGAUCAGUGAUGUGUUGACUUAACCAACUCCAACUAACUUUUUUUUCCUCCCUCCCUCCUUUCCCCUUUCCCUCGCUCCUUCCCUUCCUUCUUUCCUUCCUUCCCUCUUUCCCUUCUUUCCUUCCUUCUUUCCUUUCUUCCUUCCCUCUUUCCUUCCCUUCCUUCCUUCCCUCCUUCCUUCCCUCCUUCCCUGCCUUCCUUUCUUCCUUCCUUCUUUCCUUCUUUUCCUUCCUUCUUCCUUUUUCCUUUUUCCUUUCAUUUUUCUUUUCUUUUUCUGUUCACACUUGGAGUCUCAGGGAGAAAGUAGGGACAUGGCUGGAGGCUCUUUUGUGGUUGAGCCUUACAAAGGUCAACCUUGGUGUGGUCCCUCCCUCUUUCUUACAUUACUGGGCUAGAUCUUGAUCAAAUUUAGCUGGAGAACCUACUUGGAACUGCAGCUUUUACCUUUUAAUAUUAUUGUGGCUCCUUAGUAUAAUUUAAAUUCUUUUGCUUUUUCCCCUAUGUUCUCUUCUCUAUGUGAACAGAUAAGGAUUGAAGCCUGGUGAUUCUUUGUAAAUGUUCCCAUUCCAUAUAAUCUAGUCCUUACUAGGCUUUAAAAGAAUCUAUACUUAAUUGAGGGAAGAAUUUUGGACUUGAGAUUGUAAUGUGUUAACCUCUGUAUUAACGUAUAUGUCCCUGUACAUAUGUUCUAUCCAUUUUAACUUCUAGUUAGCACCAUUUAUUGUCUUUUAAUUAGCUAUUGCUUUUGUACUCAAAAGAUAUCUUACUGUUCUUUCAUUGUCUUUAAACAGAACUUAUUCCAUGGUUGUGCCUUACUCCAACUUGGUUUAAGCAAUGUACCUUUAUGAAGAAAGCUUUCUUUCUAAGAGAAUUCUUAUGGUUUCAUAAGCUAGUUUAUGGAAGAUUUUUCAGUUCAGUACUACUUGAAAGCAAAGGGAUUUGGGGAAAGUUCAGACAAAAAUUAACCUUAAGCCUGGAAUCAGUCUGAAGCAGUUGUGAAGACUACCCUAUUUCAGGUAGAUAGUGGAGAGUUAUCCUGUUAUCCAGAGCAGCUUGUCUGUACCUCCAGAGUUUCCAGUCUAGUUGAAAAUGUAUCUCAUUAGCCCUGUUAGUAAAAAUAGUUUUUAAAUGGAAAUUUCUUUAUAAGCACUACUUGCCUAGAUAUUACUGUGAUUGUGAAAGGUCUUUAGAUACUACACUGAUUGGGGGAAACAAUUCUUUAGGUUGUUUAAUUUAGGGCAUAUAAAAGAAAGGAGAUUAGUUUUCCCUUCCUUUCUUUCCUAAGUUUAACAUUAAAGUGUUAUCUAAUAUUUGUAAUACUAGUAGUAUCUAAUAUGUGUAUUUCAAAUUAUUGCAUUUCUUUAUAUUUCUUAAGCCCUUAACUCUAUUCUUCCCAUUUUCAUUUGAUGUGGUUACCUUGCUUUUCUGUCUCCUUCCUUAUUAAUAAGUAGCUCUUUUCAGUUUGUUCCAUUUGGGUGAUUCUUUUCUAAAGGGCUAUAGAAGUCUAUCUCUUCCCUGAAGAUUCAAGCAUUAGAUCAGAGUGGCUUUACCGGUUAGGUAGAUGUGACUAAAGAAAGAGCACAUGGAAAGUAGAGGAUGGAGAUUAAAGUGUAAACAGUCAUCAUACUGCCACGUUUUUGUACGUGAAAUAAAGCAUAUUUUGCACUGGCUUAUUGUACUGUUGUGCAGAAGAGAAAUCUGUCUGGAAUCUGUGCUUCAGUCAAAAUGCAAAUAAAAUUUAAUUUGUAAGAAAA